GCAGGAUAAAGGCCUGAGCGAGGCGGCUCACCUACCCUGCUUUCUGCAUUCUUCUCUCCACAUCCCUCUCUGUACUUACAGCCCCAAUGGCCCCCAAAAAGCCAGAGCCCAAGAAGGAUGACGCCAAGGCGGCCACCAAGGCAGCUCCCGCUCCCGCUCCCGCACCUCCCCCUGAACCUGAGCGCCCUAAGGAGGUGGAGUUUGAUGCUUCCAAGAUCAAGAUCGAGUUCACACCUGAGCAGAUUGAAGAGUUCAAGGAAGCCUUCAUGCUGUUCGACCGCACACCCAAGUGUGAGAUGAAGAUCACCUACGGGCAGUGUGGGGAUGUCCUGCGGGCACUGGGCCAGAACCCCACACAGGCGGAGGUGCUCCGUGUCCUGGGGAAGCCAAAACAGGAAGAGCUCAAUACCAAGAUGAUGGACUUUGAAACUUUCCUGCCCAUGCUCCAGCACAUUUCCAAAAACAAGGACACGGGCACCUAUGAGGACUUCGUGGAGGGGCUACGGGUCUUCGACAAGGAGGGCAAUGGCACUGUCAUGGGUGCUGAGCUUCGCCACGUGUUGGCCACGCUGGGUGAGAGGCUGACAGAAGACGAAGUAGAGAAGUUGAUGGCUGGGCAAGAGGACUCUAACGGCUGCAUCAACUACGAAGCAUUCGUGAAGCACAUCAUGGCCAGCUAAACCUCCUGCCCAAGUAGGCACUCACUUCCUCCUGAACCCGCUGCUGCCACCUCCCCACACUCCACCAGCUGCAGUGCUCACUUGACAUCCUGCUGCCUCCAUCUCCCUCCUCCUCUGUAAUCUGCACUGCCUUUGCUCUCAGGAAGCCCAGGGAAGGCUGUGCAGGGACUUCUCAUCUCCCAUGUGUGAUGCUGACACCAGCGGCCUGGAGCCGGGGGAAGGAGGGGAGCGUAUCAAGACCCUGCACAAACCCUCGGACCCCUCUGUGUGGCUGCCAUCUCUGGCCCCUCUCAGUCUGUGCUUACCUGUGACGGCAGGCAGCUCCGUCCCCACCCCAUGGGCCUCAUGAAUAAAUGGCUUCUUGCCGGCCUUCCUUUCUG